AUCAGAGUCUGGUGGGAGUGUUCGAUCUUUCGACUCCGGCUUCAUAGCACGUGUACAAUGGGAUCUUUAAACAUGUUUUGUGUAAGGAAAGAAUAUUUUUGGAUUCUGUUCUUCUAUGCUGCACUGACUGAUGGCGCCGUCCGCGAGUCCUCGGUGUGCCAGGUCAACAGCACGGGCGCCAACGAGAGCUCGGGCAUCAGCAUCAGUACGCCGGUGCUCAUGAGAUGCCCAGGACCCCACGACCCGCUCAACCACACCGCCUGCUGCUACAACGGCGAGGGCGAGGAGGAUCAGGAGGAGGAGAGCCAGGGCGGCGCGAGGUGUUGCGUGCCGCCCGCAGUGCCUGUGGGAGUUUUCUAUAUCGAUGACCAAUUAGCCAUGAUCAUCGCCCUGAGCGUGACUACCGUGUGUGUCAUCAUCACUAUCAUCAUCAUCGUGUGCUGUUUCUGGUCGCGAUGUCCACUCUACACGGCUUGCAGGAUCCGGUACCAUCAGGAUGACAUCAUCGCCUACGCCUCGAAAGAUGAAGAAACAGCAGGUUUAAAUGACAUGCCCCCCGAAGAAACAAAAGGUGUCACCAUCUAUUCACCAAAUGCUGUCAAAGUUACGAUGAAAGAUGAUGUUUAGUAAUACUUGAGAGGGAAAUAACAAAAUAACUCAUAACGUUCUUCAUACAGAACUACAGUAUAGUAACGGCUGUAUUUUUAGUGGUAAAUCCAUGGCAACAGCAUGCCAUUAGGAUAAUUCUGAUACCUGAAUUACUAAGUUUGCAUAAAAAAGUUCUUUAAUAAACCUGGAAUCAGUGAACAGAAUGAUGCAUAUUGCAUUCACAUCUGUUUUCGUGUCAAGCAUUAUAUUGCAUCAAAUUGUCCAAGAUUUAUGAGGUAUCUUCUGUUUUGUGACUAGAAAAGAAAUACAGUGUUUUGUGUUAUGUUUUGAAUCAGUAAUUGGAAGCUGGGUUUUGUGAUUUUUUUAAGAUACAUCAAAAUACAUUACAUAUGAAUGAUAGAUCAUUUUUUUAUUAGAAUGUCACAUGGAAUGUAGGAUAAAUCUUAUAACUUAAUAAUGCUUAAACUGGUAUUAUAUUUUGCUAAAUUAAGAUAUUUCUGUAUUUUCAUUUUUAAAAGAUGGACAUCAUCCAUUGGUUGUUUGUGUGUUUAUGUUUUAAGAAUGAUAUUUUAAUUUAGUUUGCAGCAGCCAAGUGUAUUGAGAACAUCUUCCUUCUAAGAUGGAACUCAACUUUGUAUCAAUUUAUCUAUUUCUAGAAAUUCACUUGGGUGCAUGUUGAUGUAUAAAGAUCAAUCUUCAUGUCUAACAGCAAAAUUUUCGUAUGAAUAUGUUGAGGAAAAUAAGGUGUUGAUAAAUGAAUCCAGCAGUUUUAUGUUCUUAUUUAAAAAGUCAAGAUAUAGCACAUGUACUAAUGUAUUGCUUGAGCAUAGCAGACGUAUGAUCACAAAUUGACGAAUUUAUAUUUUGGGUCCCCAGUUAGUGGGAGAAGUAAUUACACUCUUAAUUAUAUACCUUAAAAUAAUAUCUUUGUUUGUAUUUGAUAUAUGGUGGCCUAAUAUUGUAUGUUUACACACUGUCAUUUCUCAAAAUUAUUUUUUUUAUUAUUGUUUCUCGUAUUCAAAGUCUGUUUCUUGAUUUUUUAUAUUCUGUAGAUAUUUGAUGACAGAAAUCUGAUGAUGUGUACUUAUAGGCCUGUAACAUCAGUAACAAAAUGUUAUUUGAAAAGGAUCACCAUAUAUGUGUCUAGGUCAGUCUUAAUUAAUUAACAUAAUGUUUAAAGGAAACCAAAGUACAUAACCCUGCUCUUGAUAAACGUUC